AUGGGAGAUGAAUCCAUGAAUGGUUACAGUCUUCCCUACGAUAUAACUGCUGUUGUCCUUUCCGGUGGAUCUUCAAACAACUUUGUUUCUUUAACCCGGAGUCUCCCAAAAAUCCUGAUUAAAGUUGGCUCUAAUACUCUUCUUUAUCAUACUGUUCGAAAUCUGACAAUAAAUCAGUUUAAAGAAGUUAUAAUACUAACAAGUGAUAAUGAUUCCUCAUUGGUGGAUGAGAAUGUAGAGCUCAGUUUAAAUUUAUUAAGAGAUGAGUUUGGUUCUGAGAGAUUGCCUAAAGUUAGUGUUGUGGGACUACCUUGUUCAGACGAUUCAUCAAUUGGUUCAGCUGAUUCCUUAAAUUAUAUUUCUGACCUUAUAAAAAACGAUUUUUUGGUUCUUCCUUGUGACUUAUUUGGAAAUUUCGAUUUCAAGUCCUUUUUGAUGGAGCAUAUCAAGAGCCCGAGAUUGUGCACUGUAGCAUUACUGGACAUAAACUCGAUGGGAUCUCCAAAGGGGAAAAAGGAAGUUUGUUUAGGUGGAAACGACUUUGAGGAGUGGAGUUAUAAAUAUAGAGUAGCUACUGUUAUGGAUAAAAGCACUUGUUCACUUCUGGCAAUUGCCCCCGUUCUCUCAGUGGAAAGUGGUGAGAACCUUCAGUUAUUUAGACACCACCUGAUUAAUCACCAUAACUCUCUUAUAACUCAUGAUCUUGUUGAUAUUCACGUUUACGCAUUUUCAACUAAUAUAUUCAAAAUACUGCGAUGUGAUUUUUUGCAUAACUCCAGCAUUCGGAGGUAUAACACAUAUAUUAUUGUUAAAUACAUUGUAGAUUAUCUAAAAAAUUACAAUCUCCAGUCAGUAGGGAAUGAACUCGAAAAUAUUAAUAACAAGUCAUGGAAGUUAAGUGAUGUGGUUGCUGAUGAAUUUCUUGAAUAUACAAGGACUUUCUACUUUAUCGCUUCAGGCGAAUCGUUCAACUGUAUGAGAGUUAACAGUAUAGACUCACUCUACUCCGCUAAUAUUAAGUGCUCGCUAAAUAGCAAAGAGAAAAUCGCAAAAAAAACUCCCAAAAUCAAAAAUGUAUUGCUUGGUCGUUCUACAGAGGUCUCAGAAUCAGCUGAAAUAAAGAAUUCGGUAAUAGGAUGUAAUGUGAGAGUCGGCGAUAAGGCCAAGAUUACAGACUCUGUUGUUAUGGACAAUUGUACAAUUGAGAGUAAUACUGUGGUAAACAAAUCGAUACUUGGAACAUCUGUAAUCUUGAAAGAAAAUUCAAAUGUUAAAAAUUCAAUAAUCAAGUCUGAAACGACAGUUCCCGAAAAUACAAUGGCAGAUAAAGAAUAUAUACCUUCAUUUAUCUAUUCUUAA